UCAAGUUCGGGUGUGGAGCUGCAAUUUCCCAAGAUUGAUCUAUCUGUCUCAGUGUUCUACAAGCUGUGACAUUAAGGCCUCCUAAACUGGCUGUCCUCUCUGAGUCAGGGGAGUCAUUGCUAUUGAACAAAACUCAAAAGGCCCUCAUAAUGGUUAGACUGGAAGAUACUUUUCCUUCACGUGGAUGGGAAAAAUAAAUUCUGUCCCCUUUCACGUUCUCAGAAUAUAGAUCCUAUUUUGCCUUUCAUAAAUACUUGUUUUUCAAGGUAGAGAGUUGUGUGGAGCAUGGCAGGAUAUGAUCCUUCUUGCUCAUUAUUACCAUUUGCAAACCAGAAGGAUAUGGGGCUAGGAAGGUUUUUUGGACAAAAAAAAGCCACACCCUACCCUGGAUGACCACAGAAGAUCCCUCAUUGCCUCCCCCUGCUACUGGGGAGUGUCACAGAGGCCAAGAGAGCUCUGAAGUUGAUAUAUUUAGGGACAUGGUAGAGAGUAGGAACAUGACUAAGAAUGUUCCCAUAACCACCACACCAGAUAACUCCUUCAUCCCCUCACUUGAUGUUGCCAUUGGUUCCCUUGCCAAAGACAAUGUACUGGAUGAAUCAUCCACCUCCGUACAGAAGGACAACCAUUUUGAGAAGGCCUCUCUAUCUCCAGCCAUGCCUCCAGAGGGGAUUACAAGGGCAGAUGUGUCAAACUUACCAGACCAAGGGCAAGAGGAUAUCCAUUCGGUUCAUCAGAGCAAGAUACCAAGUCCCUCCACAGAGCAGUUAAAUGUAGAUGAUACUUCAAGUCUGUUGGCCCAAGGGAAACAUGGCAGUCAUUUUGAGUGCCAUGGCAAGAUACCAGAUGCCUUUGCAGAGCAACAGUGUCAUACUGGGACAUCAGAACAGCUGGCCCAAGGGGAGGAGGCCAGCCAGAACCACUGCUAUUAUAAGGACCUAAGUGGACCCAUUGGCUCCCUGAAACAUUUAAAACUUGGCCAAGAGGAAGAAGGAGGUGCCCUUGUUCAUUGUAGGGAUACCUUGGACAUUUCUUCAGAGCAAGAGAAUUCUACCAGCACCUCACAUCAACUGGGCACAAGGGAAGAAAGUGGCAUUGUGGGGAGCCACGGCCAGGCUCCUGCUUCAGGUUCUCCAGAACAACCAGAACUUGCCAGUAGCCCAAAACAAGCUGUCUGUAACAGGGAGAACAGCCAAGAGGAAUGUGCUGCUGUUGUGUCACCUGAAUCUCCCAGCAUUCUACUUCUGGAGACAAAUUCCUCAAGGCAUUCAUGGGAGGGAUUCCCUAGCCACCAUUCCAGUUCUAGUACCUCUGCUGAGUAUCAGGGGACAUUUAAUGCUGUUGGCUUUAAUCAAGAAAUAAAGCUAGGGUGUCAGGACAGUGUAGAGACCAGCAAGGAGGAAGGCAUACCCACUGGACAGUUCUUUAGGGAGGGCUCGGUGCAGAACUCCCAAGCAACUGAGGAGCAGGUUGCCCAAGACACUAAACACAUCCCAGCUGCACUUUCUCUGGCAUUAGCAGACCCUCAGCCAGAUGUUGACACCUAUUGCCAGCAGAGGGCAGCAGGCAUAGGUUGCGACACUUCUUUCCAGGCAGUGCCAACACAAUCUCCUGUGGCAACCAGUGACUCCUCUGGACCUGCCCAUUGGGGCCUGGCUCCUGAGUGUGACGGGCAAGACAGGAAAGGACUGACUAUUCAGGAAUCAAGUGGAGCCGGCAAGGACGACCAACCCCAGAGUGAGGUUGGAGCCAAGGCUGCUGCGCUGGAAUCUAAGACAACCAGGGACACUGGGCCUGAGGAAACCACCAAAGAGCCAGAGAGUGCAAAGUAUCUGUCCGGAGAAUUACCUGGCUUGGAAAGUCUGUGUGGUACAAGGGAUCCAGCUGGUCCCAAAGACCCAGUGAGUGCCAUGGUUCUAGCUAGUGCUGAAGAGCCACUUGGUGCCAGGGACAGAGCAGACUCUCAAGAUCUGGCCAGUGCUGCAUACCCAGUUGCUGUUUCAGAGCAUGCUGGUUCCAAUCCAAAAUCAAGAGGGGAAUUGCUACUCAGUGCCAGGGAUCCUGAAGAUCAAGUGAGUUCUGAAGAUCCAGUUUGUGCCACAUCCAUUUCUGAUGACCCCUCUGUGACUGGCAGCUCAGGCUGCCCCACGGACUGGAUGGGAUACGGCACUGAUAAUCUGGAGACUCCCCAUCCCACCACUGAGACCCCAAUUGAGAGAGAGAUCCGUCUCCAUCAGGAACGGGAAGAGCUCCUGCGUCGAGAAAGGGGCCUGGCCAGCCCUUGGGGCACCCAGGAGUAUGUGGAGGUGCACAUCAGGCCUAUCCUGAACCAGAGUGUGGUAUCCUCCAUGUUGCCUAAGGAGAAGGAGCGCCAGUGGGCCGGUGCCCAGAUGCAUCGAGAGAUCCAGAGAGAGUGUCAGCGUGAAGAAGACCUUGUGCAGCUGGGGAAGGUCAGGGGGGCCUAUGACCGUGGCACAUCACAAGAGAUGCAGGAGAAGAAGAUGAUAUUUGAACAGCAUUUCAGCUCAGAGCCAUUGGUCCCAAGGAAGGCGGCAUGCAACAGCCCUGGAGCAAUGAGGGGACCAUCUUUUGCUGAAGCCAACACUGCAGCCAAUGUGGUCAUCUUGGACUCUGAGGCUCUACUACAACCCCAACGGGCCCAGGCAGAGAGGACCCCUGCCGCAGCCAACCCCUUCUUCUGCUCACGUGCCAGAAGUCCCCAGUUUCUGCUGGAGCAGGAGGUACAGGAGGCUCAGGAACGAGAGUGGGAGCUGCAGAAGCAGAGGUACAACCUGUAUGGCGCAGCACUGCCCUGUCAGGCUGCAGAUCAGGAUAAGGAGAUCCCUACCCAACCAGAGAGACCUUCCUGCAAGAAGCUGGAUGUCACCUGGCCCCCUCCAAGCCCUUCUGAGAUUUCUCAGGUGAAUGGCCUCCAUCAGCUGGAGAGAAGCCCUCGAAUCCUUCGUCGCCAGAGGAGUGCCUUAAUCCAGCGCUGGGAGUCCGGGGCUGUUGGCAACCAGGAAAGUGAGGAUUAGGGGCUGCCAGAGCAAGCAGUAGCACUGAGUUGCAUCUCCAGUGAUAAGACAAACAUGGGGCUCCCCAGUGCCUCCCUUAGCUUUGCACAAGCACAGCUCAUUGUGUGCCCCUCAAGCACAUCUCAGGAGCUGAUCACAUAUUCUUUCCACUCAGCCGUUUGAUUUCACAAAAAUGUUCAAAAGGAAGUCUGCGUAACCAGUCUGAUCAGAAGGUAGAGAGAAUGUUUAUAGCUGGCUGCUUUCUUCCAUGUUUUAUUUUGGAACAAAGAGAAGAGAGACUAAAGGAUGGGCUCCAAAGCAUUACUAUUCAUAUUUGUUUCUUGUUCAUGUAGGUACAUGUGGAUGGACACCGAUUUCUCAUUCCAAGGGCUUUUCACAUACAGGUCUUUGCUAGGUUUGUCCUACAUUUGGUCUGCUUUGGGCAGCCACACAUAGAGGUUACAGGUGAAUCCAGGGAGGAGUGGGGAGGCACACACAGGGGGCAGCUGCACUUGGGUGUGCGUGCAUGUAGAGGAGCUGUCCUGCGCCAGCAACACUCUGUCCUGUCCAGGUCCGGUAGAGGGCCAAAACUCUGGGCAGACUUGUGCCUCUGGGUAUGUAUCCUCAGGGGAGUGGCGACAUCAGAGCACCAGUUUCUCUAAGACUUUUGUUUUGUCCUCAGAUAUGCCCAUAUUUGAACAAGUGGUUUUGUCCCUGGGUACUCAAACUCUGUACAAAAAAGUAUUGUAGCAACUAGUCCACAGGUAGUUUAUGCUACCUCAUUUCUGGGGAUGAAACAUGACAAAAAUUUACCCUGA